CCCAGAAUUGCCUCAAACAAUGUUAUUACAGGCUGUGUCGUGAAUUUGGAUCGAUAAGCGAGGGAACAACAGACCUCAUUGCAGGCUGUGUGGUGAACUUGGAUCGAUGAGCGAGAGAACGAGAUGAUAAUACCUGCAGCUUAACAAUAGUUCAUACAAGAUUCUGCAACUAAAGCGGAGCAGGGAUGGCUCCAUCUCUAGCAGGGUCGCUGCUCGCCAUGGCCAUCUGUGCUCUGCUUCUUGGGGAGGCGUCCGCCAUGGAUCACAUUGUUGGAGGAAGCUUUGGUUGGAAAAUACCACCCAAUGCCACCUUCUACCAGGAAUGGGCCAAACCUAGAACCUUUGAACUGAACGAUCAACUGGUGUUCCUGUAUACUUCUGCUCUCCACAAUGUGCUUGAAGUGUCGGAGGCCGACUUCGAUGGCUGCACUCAGGAUAAGGUGAUCGGAAUGCACCCCGUCGGACCCACUAUAAUUCCACUCACAAAAGGAGGAAACCAUUAUUUCUUCUGCGGCAUCGGAACUCACUGUGAUCAAGGAUUGAAACUCAGCAUCACUGUAGGAAAGGCAUCCGCUGCAACUGGACCCGACGAUGAUGGCGCACCGGACACAUCUCCACCAGCUGAUGCUUCUAACUCUUCUUCUGCACCUAUGCUGCACUAUUUUGCCGGCGUGCUGGGGCUCAUCCUAUUGCCCCUCCUCUUUGUGUAAACUGUAUUAAGACUCUUGGAUAUGUACUGAUGGUUUUAUCUA